CUAAGCCACACACACACCGUGCUUCAUUUAAAACUCAAAACUAAAACAAAUUAACAAAAACUUAAAUUAAAAAGUGGUUUAACUAACGAAAAAAGCUGACUAAUGGCCGCCGUUCGCCGUUCAACGCGCUUAAGCAGUAUUAACAAGCCUGCAGCAGCGACGACGACAGCGCUGCCGCAGUCGCCGAUGACCACAACGCCACGACGCUCAGAAGUUUGGCGUAGACGACAAACCAAGCAGCUAAUUGAGAGUGACGACGAAGAUAAGGAUGACAUUCUUAGUAUAAUUUUAGAGAAUAACGAAAACAGCAACCUGUUGAAUAAAAUGGACAAGGUGAGCAGAUGCAAAGUGGCCACUGCAACAACAAAACAACAACACGCAGAACAGCCAAAGACGCCACGCAGCAGUAAGCAACAGAAAACUGCAGCGAAACCAACAGUGGGAUCUCUGAACAGCAUGGCCAAACGGAUUGAGGCCAACAUACGUGCAGCCAAACUUAUGGACGGUAGCAGCAGCUCGGAGGAGGAUCAUGACGAUGAUAAUGCGGCACAUGUGUCACCGCCAAAGCAGCGCAAGUUGCAGCCGCUGCCGCAGCAUUUAAUCAGUCCUACCAGGCUGCUAGACAGACUGAGCAUAGACGAACGUGAGCAGCAGCAGGAAGAGCCCAAGGAGACGGAAACGAAGGUUAAACAAAAACAGGAGCCGAAGAAGAAGCAGGAGCCGAAGAAGAAGCAGGAACAGGAGCCUGAGCCUGAGCAGCCAGCACAGCCACCUUCGCCACCGAGGAACAAGUAUCAAAAUGCACGACGUGUACUGAACAGUGCAGAGACGCUAAAUCUUCCCGGUCGGGAGCCACAGUUGCAAGAGCUGCGGGAAUUCUUCACCAGCCAUUUAGAGACUCAGACCUCUGGCAGUCUCUAUGUGUCAGGUCAACCCGGAACAGGGAAAACCGCCUGUCUGUCCAUGUUGCUGAGGGCGCCAGAGUUUGUCCAGCGCCUGCAACGUGUGUACAUCAAUUGUACGAGCAUAGCCAGCGUGGGCGCUGUCUACAAAAAACUGUGCACGGAGCUGCAACUGAAGCCAACGGGACGCACAGAACGUGACCAUCUGGAGGCUAUACAAAGGCAUCUGCGCAAAGCGAAGCGCAUGUUGUUGCUAGUGCUGGACGAGAUCGAUCAGCUGAGCACAACGCGGCAAGAGGUUUUGUACACCAUCUUUGAGUGGCCUGCGCUGCCUGGAGCUCGCAUCCUGCUAGUUGGCAUUGCCAAUAGCUUGGAUCUGACAGAUCGAGCACUGAUGCGACUGAAUGCACGUUGCGAACUGAAACCAAGACUGAUGCACUUUCCGCCCUACACUAAGCCACAAAUCGUUGAGAUAUUCAAGUCCCGUCUGGCCGAGGCACAAGUCUUAGAUGUCUUUCCGCCCGUCACACUGCAGCUGCUGGCGGCUAAAGUGAGCGCGGUGAGCGGAGAUGUGCGACGUGCUCUAGAUAUUGGACGACGCGUGGUCGAGAUUGCCGAGCAGCAGAAAUGUGCAGGAGAAAAAGAAUUUAACAUGAAGGCGCUUGAAUUGGAUGGUCAAACAGCGCCAGCUGAGGACACACUCAAGCCAGUUCAAGUCAGCCAAGUGGCAGCAGUGCUCAACAAGGUCUAUGGCGCCUCACAGAAUCUCGAGGAGGAUAUUGAGGCUGCUUUUCCGCUACAACAGAAGCUAAUGUUGUGCUCAUUGGUGCUAAUGCUGCGUAACGAACGCAACAAGGACAUCAGCGUGGGACGACUACAUGAGGUUUACCGUCGAGUGUGCACCAAACGCAACAUAUUAGCCCUUGAUCAGGCGGAAUUUGCAGGCACUGUUGAUCUCGUGGAGACGCGAGGAAUCUUGCGUAUUAUGCGUAAGAAGGAGCCACGUCUCAAUAAAGUACUGCUGCAGUGGGACGAGGAAGAAGUCCACGCGGCAUUAAGCGACAAGCAGUUAAUUGCUUCUAUCUUGAGCGACACCGCCUGUCUGGCCAAGUGACAAACAAACCCAACAACUUGAAUAAUAAUAACCUUUACAAAAUUAUUAGCUAAGUAUAAAUAUUUUUGUGCUCUUUGGCUAAUUGCGCAUUUCUCACAAUUUUUUGUUCACCUUGGCCAUAGAACGAAACGGACGACGUACGUACAAUAUUUAGAUAUACGAAAAUAAAUUGAAAACGUUCAUUUUUUGAUGCUAAA